AUAGUUAGAAAAUAAUUUGUGUUUGUUUUAAAUUUUUUUCCCUACUCCUAGUUAAUUACUGUUUUUGUAUGCAUGUAUGAGCCAUUUUCCACACAACAAUACAAGUACGUUCCGCACCAAACGCUGACUCAGUUCGACUCAAUUGUGAUUUGAGGUUAAACGUGUUGUCGUUAUCAUACAAAUGUCAAUUACACCCUGGAAAUGCUGUAAAAAAAGUGGUGCCACAGUUUUUAUAAGUUAAAUAAAUAAUAAUUGGUGGUAUUUUUGGUAUUUUUGAAUAAAGUGCCAUCAAAACUUAGUUUCAUAUCAAAGUGUCAGUUUAAAUUGUUACCUCACAAAACUUUAUGAAAAACACUGUGAAUGAUAAACAGUUUUACACAAAAUGAGUUUUAAUGAAAAAUUAAUUGAUUUGUGACAAACACAUUAUGGUGUCGUGAAUAAAAAGGAAUUAUUUUAGUGCGUUGUGUUAUUGUGAUAGUUGUGAUAAAGACUUCAAAAUGAUUUCCUUGAAAAAAAGGUGUAGGGAUGAAUUGUUACAUCUUGCUCUUAUUUUAAGUUUAUUGAGAGUAAGCCCAGAAAUUUCACUAGAAAAUGAUCCAUUUGGAAUUGUUACAGACUUAGACUUGAAUAAUGGUACCACCUGGAGGUACAUUAAUCCUAAUGUUCUACGGUCACAUUAUGUGCACCCCAAAAAUUUAGACUCUGUGUUAUUGAAUUAUGAACAAGAAGUAUUUGCUGAUUUAAAUUUGUUGGGAAGGUAUGAUAGGAUAAAUAUCAUACAAAAUCAAAAUAUAACAUCUUAUUUGUUGAACGUAAACAAUACCACUACCAACAGUGAUUCUUCAGCCCCAACUCAACCCUUGCCCCCUGUUCAUAUUCCUUCCAAUGAUCAGACCCCUACAAUUGAAGGAAGUAGUUUAAAUGCUGCUGGAAUUGACAUUGAGUUAACUCAAGAGGAUAUGGACUUGAUUGAAGUUUUGUGGAAGCAAGAUGUCGACCUGGGUUUUUCUUUGGAGCCAAUUGUUGAUCAAGAACCCGAAAAACCUGGCGAAAAUAAGGUCAAUGAUUCGGUACCCACUUCGGGUGAAGAUGAUAUCGAGAAAUUGAAAGAAUUGGCAAAAAUAAAUGAUGAAUCAGUCAAUAAAGUCCCUGAGGAAGAGGCGAAAGAAAUCGACCCAUGGGUUGGCUUGAACUAUACCAUCGAUACAGAAACAGGGGAAUAUGUGAUAAAAGAAGAUCUCAACGAACCUGUUUCUGGCGCGGCUUACAGUUCCUCUUGCGAUUUGCCGCUCGAGGAUCUGUCGCUACCGCUGCCAGAAUACCUUCUCGAAGAAGCCCUCCAACUUAUUGGGUUAGACGAUGAAACUCCUGAAACUGGCGUGAACGCUAAGGAGAUUGAGAACGUAUCUUUUGCCCCCGAUAAGCAGGACGUCCAUCCUGCAGAGCCUGUUGGUACUGAAACGGCAGAAAUUUCUGAAAAUCUUCUGUUGGAAUCAGUUUUACCUUCAGCUGAUUCUAAUUUGGCAGCGCCAGAAAAAGCCGAUUCGUUGCUUGCAGGAUCUCAGAGUCCUAAAGAGGCUUCCACUUCUGAAGAAGCUGGCAAAGAAGUGAAACUCGAAGACGAUUUAGACAUACUCGCAGACAUGAUUCAGACAUCUCAAUUUCAUCAUCCCCAUCCCCAUCACAGAGCUUUCCAGGGCCGUAUGCCAUUUGUUCGUACCAUGAGCAUGGAACAAAGAUGGCAAGAUCUGGCAAAUUUAUUGAGCUUGCCAAACCCCAGUGACUCGAACGCAAUGCCUCAUCCCUUCAGCCAUCAUCACGCAUUGCACAAUUACAGCCAUCCUCACUCGCACAACAUGGGCUAUGGUCCCGAUGCAGCACGAGGGGUUCUUCUUCAUAAUGCUACCCUUACACCACCCAUGGGCGAUCUAAAUUCAUCUGUACCAUACGCCAAUAUAGCCAAAGUAUUUUUUGCAGGAGGUACGAAUUUGGGUAACGCCGUAGCCACUUCUAUGAAUCUCACAAAUAGUAGUGAACCAAUGGGUGAAUCUGCCCCAACUCCUCAUUACAAGGUCGAACCAUCCCACGACAUAAUGUACUAUCAGAAUGGCUCCGAAAUAAAUCAGACUGAUGGGUUCCUUUCAUCAAUUCUCAACGACGAAGACUUGCAGUUAAUGGACAUGGCAAUGAACGAGGGAAUGUAUACGAUGCGUAUGCUAGAUGGCAAUAACGCUAUCACAAACCUAAGUAUGAAUGGUACUGGGGCGUCAUCAAUGUCCAGAGCUGAUAUUGAACGUAUGGAUACGUCCAGUGAUAGUGCGGUCAGUUCAAUGGGUUCUGAAAGGGUCCCAUCCGAUGGGGAGUGGUGUGAUGGAGGCUCCGAUUCGGGACAUACUUCUGGGGACCAAUAUGUUGUCGACUAUCACAAUACGAAAUACAGACCUUUUGACUAUAGUUACACGAGUCGUCAACAUACUAAUUCAUUGGGAAGUACUGAGUCGGCAAGAUUACAGCCUGUCGCCCAAAAGAAGCACCAAAUGUUUGGGAAGAGAUAUUUCCAGGAACAAGGGACUACUAAUUCGAUCUCUCAGCCUCCAACCCCGGUCAAAUACGAAUACAAAGACCCAAGUAGUACCCCUUAUCAUAGUCCAAAUCAUACAGAAGGUGCCGUUGGACCGAAGAUUCCAGAAAUGAAGUAUUCCUGUAGUAUGGAAUUGGCUAGACAGAGCCAGCUUGGAAGGAACCCAUUGGAUCACAUUCAACACAACCAUACGUACCAUCUUCCAAGUGAAAAUGCUGGCGCAAUGCAAAGGCCAGUUUCUCGUGAUAAGUUAAAAGGCAAAAAAUCUGACGAAGAACAUCUCACCAGAGAUGAGAAGAAAGCUAGAGCUUUAAAUGUUCCAAUUUCAGUUGAUGAUAUUAUAAACUUGCCAAUGGAUGAAUUCAACGAAAGAUUGUCCAAAUACGAUUUGAGUGAAACUCAGCUCAGUCUUAUCAGAGAUAUAAGAAGAAGAGGGAAGAACAAGGUUGCUGCCCAAAACUGCAGAAAAAGGAAACUUGAUCAGAUAUUAAAUCUUGCUGAUGAAGUUAAGGAAAUACGAGACCGGAAAAUGAGAAUUGCAAAUGAACACGAGUACAUGAUGCAAGAGUGCCAGAGGAUGAAAGACAAAUAUCAGCAACUUUACCGACAUGUAUUUCAGAAUUUAAGAGAUCCCGAUGGUAAUCCGUAUUCUCCAUACCAAUACAGCCUACAGACAUCUGCAGAUGGGUCCAUUUUAAUAGUACCAAGAACAAAUAAUAGUUUGUCGAAUUCUGAGCGAAAGGACCCGCCACCAUCGCAAGGUCACAAAGAAUGAACAAAAACAAUAUUGUGAUAAUAGGCGAAAAGUUUUAUCCUUUUAUUAUUUUAAUUAUACUUUAAUUUUUUCGUUGAAUCGCAUGUUUGAAAUUUUGCUCAACCAGAUCUACGUUACAUUACCUAUUUAAUGAGGUUUUUUCGUUCGUAAUAUCCUUGUAUUUUUACGAAACGGACAGUUUUGUAGUUAGUUGUUGUUAGAGGUCAGCUAAUACAGAAGAAAAUGUUUAUUUUUCGUUUUAAUUUUUUUUUUCCGAAUGAAUUUGGUUCUUUUGAUUGAUUGAUUAAUUAAUUUGAUACGUUGAUGAGAUGAUGUUUUUAAAGGUAUAUUUUUCUAACAGUAACCAAUGUCAGGUGAUCACUUUGCCUUUCUUGUAUUAUAGCGAAUGAAUGUGAUGCAUCUAGUGAGGUGGUAGGUUGUGGGUUGUACUUUAGUAUGUAAGUACUUCUACUAUUAUUCAAUACAUGCCAGUUAGUACCUACUAUUAUAUAGUCCCAAGUUUUAACAGAGCCCUUUGUGAAUAAUUGGUAAAAGUUCACAGAUUCCUAAUUCUUCUCAGUAAUUAACAUCCGUACUUGUUGUUAAAUGAAAAUUGCCAUGUCUUGAAUUCGUAACUACACAAUAUUUUUUUAUAAAUUGAUAAGUUUUGUACAUUGUAUAGCUAAUAUGUAAGUAACACUGUACUAUAUAGUUUUUAGGUAAUUAUUUAGCCUUAAUUAAUUAAAAGCUUUAGUGUCGUAUGUAAUACAUCGUAGUUUUUAACUUUAAAUGGCUGAUUAACGAAAAUUAAAUUACAAUACUGUAUCGUUAUUAUUAUAAUAAUUAACUGCAGGUCGCCUAGAAUGGAAUUUGGGUUAAAAUAUUUAAUAUUAGUUCUUUUUUUGUGACAAAAACAAUUUUAUUUUAGUUAUGGUAACGAUACCAGCCAGGAUCUCUAGUAAACGUCUUAUACAUAUUCUGUAUUUUGGUGCAAAUAAAGUAUUUUGAAAAUUUA